AUGGCGGACAACUCAAUUGUUGGUGAAGAGUUGGCUUUCCCCAAAGCUUUCCGUGAUGAAUCGAAGGUUUACACCUACACUUCGAAGAAAACUGAGGUUUUUGUUAGAAGUUUUUUUUGUUCAAGUUUUGUUUUCAAUGCAGGUGAAAGAUCCAUACCAUAGCUUGGAAGACGCGGACGCCAGCGACACGAAGAAUUUCGUUGAGCAGCUCAACACUUAUUCAAAGGCUCGUUUUGCAGAUGAUCCAUCUACUCAGCGAGUUAUCGACACGUUAGUUCAGUCAUUCGAGGCGUUUGAAGAAAAGCAGAGUUUAGGCUGACGGAAGCUUGGGUUUACGAGCGGGUAAGCAAUGCCUCGGAGCAGGGCGGCCAUUUCUUUUAUUUCGGGCAUAAUGGAGUACAAAACCACUCGUUUGUCUUUUUGUAGUUUUGAGACAAAAUGACAAUUUUUUCAGCGUUUACUACAAACGGACGGACAAAAGAGAUGUGCCUUUCUUGGAUGUUAAUCAGUUGUCUACGGAUGGCUCUGUUUCUCUUCAGUAAGUUUUUUUUUUGUUUUUUGGGAAAAAUAAUUGUUUCAGUUGCUACGACUGGUCUGAUGACACGAAUGAAGCCAUUUUGGGUUACGGGUUGAGCGCAAAGGGCUCGGAUAAUUACACGAUACAGGUUAUUAUUUUGUGGAUUUGAAGAGAAGUUUCUUCAUGAAUCACCAAGAUUUUAUUCCAACGGCUACAAAUCACAAUGUUAUAAAUUCUAUUAAAAGUGAACUCCAAAGUGCAGCAUAAUCAAUUGUGAAAUAUGCUUAUUCUACUUUUUUUUUCCAUAUGUCAAAUUUUUUUUCACAAUAAACAAUGAAACAGUUUUAUCCUGAACUUUCCUAAAAAUUUCAUUUAUUUUCGAAAACCGUAUCAGCAAAUCACUUAAUGUUUUUUUUCUGUUUCAGUUCCGCAAGGUAAACGGUGAAGAUCUCCCAGACAAGAUUCCAAAUGCCAAAUUCGGCCCGAUCACUUUCUACAAACGCCAAGGCGUCUUUUACGCAAAAUAUUUGAGCGAGGUUAGUUAUUGAUUUUUCUAUAUUUUAAGAAAAAUUAAAAUUUCAGAAGAGCAAAGAUGUUGAAGACGAUAACAUCUGCACCAAGGCCCUUCAAUAUCACGCCUUGUUCUACCACGAGUUUGGCACUGAUGCCGAAAAUGAUAUUUUGGUUUACGAAAGACCAGACAACGAUGCUUUGAUCAUGUAUCUCAACUUAUUUUUCAUCAUCAGCUUCUUUUUUUUUUUCAGCAACGCUUGCGUGUCCCAUUGUAACAAAUAUCUGAUAAUCACUGUUUAUCGCGGAUGCGACUUGGUCAACGAAGUUUUCAUCUGGCAAAUCACCGACCCUAUUCCCGACCAUGUGGUUCCUAUCACUAUAAGUAGCGAAUUCACCGAGAAAAUCGAUGUGUGUUUUUGUUCCUCAUUUUGGAUUAUUCUGAUGAUUCAAAGCAGUGAUUUUUUAUUUCAGUUCAUUGGAAAUGUUGAAGACAAGAUGUUCUAUUUGACAAAUAGAGAUGGCGCUACUUUCUAUAAAAUCCUGGCUGGAAAAUUGAACGACUGUUCUAAACUGGUUGAAGUGGUCCCGGAGCGAAAAGGCUUCGUUCUGCAGGGAGCUACGGUUUACGAUACAGGGAUUCUUCUUCACUACACGACACCUUCUUUGGAGGUAUUUAUUUGAAAAUUAUGGCUUAACUAAUUCCGAAUCCAUUCUUUCCGUCGUACAAAAUUUGCAUCACCAACCUGGCUCAGCCUUAAACUUUCUAACUUUUACCUCAGUUCUUUUCCCAUUUUACGAAAAACAUCGAAAUUCAUAUUGAGAGCUUCUUGUUCAUUAUUUAGUUGAUAGCAGAUAACGUGUCAAUUUGAAAGAAAUGGUUUCAAUGGAAAAAUUGCUAAUAUUCAAUUUUUUCAGACGCUCGUCGAGUUCUGCUCCCACUCAGGAGAGAAGCUUCACACGAUCUACCAAGGAUUCGAGUUAGUGAAACUUUCUAAAGGAGUGAUCUCAUUAAAAUAUUCCAGCAAGCUCUCUGGUUUCUCAAACUGGUUCGGCAAAGAUGUCACUUACUUCAAUAAGGAGUCUUUCACAACUCCAGUUGUGAUCCAGAAAUUGACCUUGAAAGAGAAACCGGUCAUCGAGGUACGGAUUUCUUUAGAAGUUUCAGAAAGAUAUACAAGGGCCUGCUCCUUGCAAAAUACUGAAGAAGUUAGAAAAAGUAACAAAAACGCCAUAUGAUAAGAGUCGUGAAAAAAGUUAUACUCUUUUAUCUCAAUCGUGCAGAAAAUGUUCAGGGGCCGAGAGAAGCCAAAAAAACUUUUUUCGGAAUGUGUUACUACUUUGAAAUUUUGAGAAAUGAAAGUUCAGAAAUUGAUCAAUUUUUUUACACAUGUCAUCAUGCCAGGAAAACUUGAAAAAUCGAAUAAAAAAGGAAUUUUUUAAUGGAAAUGUCUUCGAUAUGUAGUUCUAAUUAAAACUCGAUUCAAAGAACUAACAUAAGAUGGUUCAGAUUAUUGCAAAGAGUGGAACUGAACAGCACGACUACUCGGAUCGACUGGAGGUUUCUGACGGAUGGGCUAGGAGCAGCGAUGGGGAAAAAGUUCUCAUUUUAAUAUUAAAUAAGAAAAUAUGUGUUUUUAAGGUUCAUUACUUCAUGAUGAAGCCAAAAAAUAUGCGUUCGGCAGGCCCGCGUCCCGUGUUGUUCUACGGAUAUGGAGGUAGUCAGAUUGUUUUAUUCAGGGAGGAACCAUUUUAUGCGCUGAAAAAAGGCAAAAAACUCACUUUUUGUUCCAGGAUUCCAAAUCUCACUGUCGCCCGGGUACUCAACUUCCCGACCAAUUUUUGUAACCAAUUAUGACGCAAUUUAUGUACUUGUCAAUUGUCGCGGUGGAGGGUGAGAGGAAAUUAUAUGUGGUGGUUUUAUUUUAAUAUUUUUAUAGUGAAUUCGGUGAUGACUUCUACCAAGCGGGAAGGCUUCUGAAGAAAACCAACGUUUUUGAUGAUUUCAACUCUGUGGUCGCCGAUUUCAUCGAUCGUGGCGUAACUACUCCUCAAUUGUUAGUUUGCUUCGAUAGAAGUCUUUUUGAAUUGUAAAGAUUCAAGCUGGAAAAGCUAUGAUUAAUUUCACACUGUGGGAGAAAAAGGAAUAUCUUUGAAAAAAAGUUUUUUUUGCUUCAUUUUUUCAAAAAAGCUCAGAAAAAUGUUCUCAGCGUAUUUUUCAAUAUUCAGGACUGCAAUCGAAGGUGGCUCUAACGGUGGUCUUCUCGUCGCAGCCUGUGCUCGUAGAGCUCCGGAAAUCCUGGGCGCCGUCGUUUGCCACGUCGGGUACUUUCCAAAAUCAAAAAAAAAAGUCAUAUUUUUCUCUGAUUUCAGUGUUCUUGACAUGCUCCGCUAUCCAAAGUUCACUAUUGGCUGCGCCUGGGUCCCAGAGUUUGGUGAUCCGGAAUCGGAUGAGCAUUUUGUAAAUCUGAUGAGGUUUCUUCAUUUUGUCAUUUUUAAAUUUUCAAAAAUAAUUUUUUUGGAAUUUUUUUCAAAAAGACUAAUUCAGCUAUUCACCCUAUCAUAACUUGGCGUCCGCCGACUUGCAAAACUAUCCGAAUAUGUUGGUUUUGACGGCCGAUCACGACGAUCGUGUGGUUCCUGGCCACUCUUUGAAGUACCUGGCCGAGCUCUACUUCCAGGUUAAUGAUUUCAAAAGAUCAUUAAGACAGAAAAAAACAGAAAAAAACAAAUUAUUUACAUCAUAACAUGAUAAUUUUGAACCUUUCAGAAUUUUUUUAUCUUUUUUUCUCAGAAAGUGCUAUUUGUAAAAGUUAAAAUUUUUUGAGCCUUCAAGUAUAAAUUAUUGAGAAAAAGAUGCCCCAAAGCUUUUUUUCAGAAAAUCAACCUUUAAAAAUCCUAUCGCUAUAAAAAAAAAAAGAAAGAUGCAAUUUUCAGAAUUUUCUCUAGAGGAAAUAAUAAAAAAUAGUUAAAAUAAUGACAGAAGGCAAGGUUUUGAAGAUUCUUUUCUAGAUUUUUUGAAAUCGUGAAAGCUUUUGCAGGCGGAAAAACAGAAAGUCGCCAACAAACUUUUUGCCGGUGUGAUUACGACGGAUGCUGGUCAUGGCGCUGGAAAGCCGACUUAUGUCACGGUAAGUCGCAAAAUGAUUAAUGAAAAAAAAGAAGAGCGCUAAUUUAUAAGCUUGUUAACUUGCAAAAAAAUUAAAAAAAGCCGAUUUUUUUCUUGACAACCGGAAAAAGUAGUCUUAGUUUACUUUUAAUCAGUUAGAAAUGGACAAUCAAAAGGAAACUUUAACAUAGUAAUUUUUUUCGAUAUGAGAAGAAGCGGAAGAUUAUUCAAAAAAACAGUUUUUUUAUCAUUAUUUUUCAUUAACGAAUAACUCAGUCUGCAGCAAAUUAUUGAAUUUUCGAAAUGAAAAAAAUGUUUCUUCGAUGGCUCUAUAAACUCCACUGAAGUCGAAAAAAUGAUUCUGCCGACUUUUUUGUUUGCACUAAUGAGCGUUCUUGCAGAUCCGAGAAACAGCUGUCGUGUUCUCGUUCCUGGAGAAAACGCUCGGACUUGAAUGGCAGAAAUGA